AGCCGACUCAGCCGAGCCUCAGUGUUGAGGGUUGUCUCGGGGUGUGAGGGCGUUACAGUUUCCGUCGUCGCCACAUAAGUUGGAUCCAUUUGAAGAAGUCGAAUGGUUUCCAAGAACUAGGAAAUAUAGUGAGGCGAACAAAGUUUUGUGAGUGAAGAACUACAGACCUGACAAUCUAGCCAAAUUACUUUUUAGUGUAGCAAAUGUUGGGCAGUAGCUCUGAGAUGGAAGUCCUGCAGAACAGUUUGAGAUCAAGACGGAGGACACAAUGGGUGGAAUGAGCAACCAGUCAACUAUUAACUCGCACUUUUCAAAGAAACCAAAGGUGGACCGUGCUCAGUGGAUUUGACCGUAUAGGAACAAAAUGUGUCAGGCCAAAUUUUGUCCUCUACUGAGUCUUAAAGCAUUGUUAUCUGCACACAGCUUCAUUUCUUCAUGAUAAUUAUUGAUGGUAGAAUGUCCUCGGUAGCAGGAGGCGCCUCAGCUGACACUUCUACCACUACUGCUGUUCCUGCUUCAUUUAUUCCUUUGUUUGUCCCUCCUCCUCCUCGCCAAUUUCCUUGGGAAAAUCACAAAGUAACGAAGACAUCAUCAAAAGCUUCUAAAUCCAUCAGUUUACCUGGUAUGGAGACUGCACAAAAUCCUUCAGUACAAAUCCAUCCUCUGCCUUCAUCCUCCUCACCACCACUGCCUCCACCACUUGAGUCUACGUCUCUCACAUCCCCUCCGCCUCCUGACCUUCCUCCCCCUCCUGAUUUUUAUCCAUCCUCAUCUUCUCCUCCACCACCACCACCCCCACCUUCUUACCUCUUUCCUGAACUGUCAUCAGAAGACCUUCCACCACCACCUCCUCCCCACCUUUUCCUGGAUGUGUCGCAUAAACCACCUCCUUUAUACAUUUGUUCCUAUGAUCCACCUUCCCCAGAAAUUAAAUCUGAAUAUGACCCACAGCUUCCUCCAGGCUUUUCAACACAGACUAAACAUUUUCCACUUUCACCACAACCCCCUCCGGUCCCUCCACCACCACGACCUACGCCUCCACCUCCUCCGACCCCACCAGUCCGCCAGGCAUCGAGAGAGAACCUUGCUAUACAAACACAUCCCUCAAAUGGUGAUAAUACAAUAGCUGUGUCAGAAGGAACUGCAUACACAGCACCUGACGAAUCUAAGGUUUCAAGAGUACCAUCCAAUACUACUGAUGAAUACUUUAAACACAUUCAAGAAGGAACUUCUGAUGAUCGACCACCCUCAAGCAUAAUAUCUUCAUCAACACUUACUGCAACUUUUCUUCAGACACCAGAAUCUGGAAUGUCUCCACUACCACCACAUGCCCUCAGGGUCUCACCUGUUUCCACUGACGCCAUUACACCAUCCUCACAGUUGACUGGAACUGAUGACCUCACUAUGACGCCUACAUUCAGUGAUCUCAUUUACACGCCAAACUUUUAUGACAACAGUAAAGACUCGACCCUCGACAUGGAUACACCUGAGGCUACACCCCAGCUCUCGGUAACUCCAGGAACGCCUUCAUUUACUCCAGCAGAAGAGGCUGUCUCACCUGUGCCUACUAAAAGCCAAACUGAUUAUGCAUUAUCACCUCAGUAUGGUGUAGGGAAACAUGACAGUGAUUCUGAAUCAGAGAGGACUGAUUAUCUAUUUUCUGAAAGAUCAUAUCUUGAGACACUGGUUGGCUCCAACACAGCCACUACCACUACAGCUGGACAGGCACAAAUUUUCUCUCCAAUGUCUACUGAGCCUACAUCUCUCUUCUCUCUCCCCACUGACAGUGAUACAAUAUCUGCUGACUUUGACUCCUUUGCUGCAGAUACAUUGUCCCCAACAGCUGAAUAUGAUUUCCUCUCAGCUGAUGUUGAGACCUCCAGUGUUGACACACAUGUAACAGCCAGUGUAGUUGGUAUGAACAUAACUUCCGCAUCACCUGGAAUCUCUGACACAGCCUAUACCACAGCAGACAGUGCUCUUGGCUCAGCCACGAUGUCACCAGCAUUUACUGAAUCUUGUACCAUUACUCCUUUACCUACUGAAUAUGUUACACCAAUGUCCACAAAUCCCACAACACCUAUCCCAUCUCCUGUCGCUUCUUCACCUCUACCUUACUUUGAUGCAUAUCCUUCCUCUGAAUAUGUAACAUCAACCCUGCCCUCUAAAUCUUUGUCUUUCUCCAACAUGGAGACCCCCAGCACCUUGACAGUGUCAGUGAUGUCAUCACAGGAUUACUCACCCUACUCAGAAUCCAGCAGUGCAGAGAGGUUAGUCCGUUGUCAAACCUCAGACACUACGGUGGUGGUGAACUCAAAACAGAGCUCGGAAAUAAUGUCGCUUGUGCCUCUAACCAUACCCACCUCCUCUUCACAGCACACUCUUUGUCACGAUUCUAAGCAAUCUGUAAAUACACAAAACCAGAACACAAUUUUGCGAAGCUCAGAUACUGUUGAAAAAAUGAAAAAUAAAGAUGAAUCUAGGGUAAAUGAAGAUGAACAAAAUUUAUCUGAAUGUAAACAAGAAUUUAAGGAAAAUAAACAAAUUUCUGUAACUGAUCAAAAAGAUGACAUGUCAGUUGAACAUAAUAAGGAAGAAUCAUCAGCACAAGAGCCUGGCAUUAGCGAACAAAAAGAUGGAGAAAAAGAACAGUCACGUGUAGAAAAUGAACCCCAGGUAAAAAAUUCCUGCCAGAAAAUUAAGGAAGCUACGCUUGACAUUGUUGACGACAAAUGUGAAAAAGAUACGACAAUGAACCAAGAAGUAAUUAAUAAAACAGAUGAAACAGAAAUAAGUGACAUCCAAGUUAAACUGAGUGAAACAAUGCCCAAAGAUGCCACGGGAGAUCAUGAAGCAAUGGAUGUUGAUGCGAGCCAAGAUACUGGUAGGACAGAGGGGAGUAAUGCUAUAUCUGUAGCUACGCUUAAAACUGAAAAGGUUUCUCAAGAACAGGAGGUUAAGAGCAGAGAUAAAAUUUCCCAGAAUGCAUCCCAAGAACGGACUCAAGAAAUUUAUGAAAUGAUGGAAGAUGUGAAUGGAAAUAUUAGUUAUGUAUUGGAAGAUAAGCAAGAAAAGUGUGUUGAAGUUCUUUAUGAGGCAGAACAGGAGUCAAAUGUAAAUGGAAAUACAAAAAGUGACAAUCAAAAUGACAAUGUGGAAGAUGUUUUGAUAGAAAAAGAAAAGGAACCUAUGGAAAUAAUAGAUGAUAAGAAUAUGAAAGAUAUUGUGAAAUAUACAUCUGGAAAGCAGGAAGGUGAAGCUCAGAAUGAAGAUGGCUGUGCAAUAACAAAAGAAAAGCUACCUGUCCCAACCUCACUGAGUGCUGGAAACACACCACCAAGAUCUCCUGGUACAAGAUGGAAGAGAUCAUCCCUACCAUCCUCCCCAACACAUUAUAGUACCACUCCCAGUCAGACGUUCACAAUCUCUCAUGCAACUUCUUCUCUGUCAUCUAAAUCGAGGUCUGUUCCUUCAUCUCCUCUCCCAUACAUGAGUGCUAGUGUGGGAGGAAGCAUGUCACCCAAGAAAAUGUCUCCCUCUCCAACACUCACCAGUCCAUCAAGUACUGGUGUGGCCUCUCCAAAAAGAAGACCCAAGGCUAUCCCACUCUCUACAUCACCUAAAGAAGCCUUGCAGCUCCUGGAUGCUGUAGUUGUAGAUUUGGAAAACAUGUCUGCUGAUCUCCCAACCUCAUCAUACCUAAAGCAAGAUAGACUAUCUAAUAAAGUAAUUUCCUCAAAGUACUCUGAUGAGAGCACAGACAUAAAAAGUGGAGAAGCAUUUUUACACCAACAAGACAAGAUAUCAGGCUUAGAAUCAGAGAUCAAAUCAGCAUCAAGUUCUGAAAAUCAGGUACAAGAAGUAGCAGACAGUUCACAUACAGAGGAGGUAAACCUAGAGUCCGGAUCAGACUCCUGUCAAAAACAUCACGUUAUCAUAUCAACAGACAGUGAAACAGAAAUCGUAGGUGCUACAGAACACACACACACGGAGAAUUCUGAAGUGCAUAACCAGACAUGUGUGUCCUCAGUAAAUAUUUCUUUGAUGGCUGUCCCUCAUGACAAUCGACACAAUGUAAGACUAUCACCACCACCUCCAGUUGUAUCCAAACCCUCAGAUGGUACUUGUUCUGUUGCUACAGUUAAUUCACAUUCAGAUCUUACCACUCUCCCCUCUGUUAAACCUUCAAGUUCAUCAUCUGAUAGAUUAUCUUCAAUUAGUGAGCAUAGUAUUGCUAAUGUCACUCUGUCUAAUGCAUGUAGUGAUGUAAGUGUUUCAUCUUUUUCAUCAGAGCAUUGUGUUAAUAAUUUAGAAGCUUCCACUAAUACUGAUGCCAAAGGAGUAAUCCAUAAAGAGACAUUACCAGAAGAUGAAACAAUACAGAAGAAUGACCUUAAUACAGCUACGUCUUCUGAUAAAAAACUCUUACCAGAAGAGGGUACAAAAGAGAACUCUGAAGUUGUAGAUCUUGGGAUACAUGUUAAUAAAAGUAAUACUCUCACCCGGUCAUCUGUAGAAAGAGUUCAUGUAGAUUAUAACUGUAAGAGUAAUCAUGACAAUGAAGAAGUAAUCUUAGAAAAUAGUUCUAGCAUUAAUGAUACAAAACCUAUUAAAAGCAGUGAUUUCCCACCCUCACAGUCUUCUUCCCCACUUGGCAGCAUUGUGGAAGAUGUUGCUCCGCCUUCGUCAACCUCCCGCGCCAAGACUCCCCCUCUGCCUCCUCCUCGGUCUUGUGUCAACACUCCCAGACCAGCUGUUGGAGCUCCUCUGCCCCCUCCAAGGCAGUACAUGCUUAUCCCAAUUAACCAACCUCAAAGCACACAGAGAAGAUACAGUCCCCCACCUGCUCCACCUCGAUCCACAUCCAUUCGUAAAUCUUCUCCCCCACCACCACCUCCGCCUCGGUCUGCUAUUCACACUCCAUCAGCAAAAAAUGAGUGGAUUGAUUUCCCUCCGCUUCCUCCACCUCCUCCAACAUGCAUCAACACUCCAUCCACUCCUCCACCAAAGUUAACACCUGUACCAGAAGAGUCAUCAACUCCCUCCACACCCCUUCCUCCCACACGACCUUCUCCAAGUAAUUCCCUAGUAGGAUCGUCCUCAAAGCUGCAUGAAGCAAGGAAAACAGAAACUUCGUCUUACAACACUCGGUCACUAACAGCUACACUAGUAACACAAGACACAUCCUCAGAACUAAAAAUUUCUUGUGAUGGUGAUCCUCCAGCUCUUCCACCACCUCCGGAGGAAGAUUUUGAAGAGGAUCCACCGCCACCACCUCCUCCCCCAGUUGAAUCUGAAGAUGAAACAGUGCCUCCUUUACCUCUUCCUCCUCCUCCUCCUGAUGCUUUAUUUUGUCCUCCACCUCCACCACCCCCUCCACCCAGAGUUAAACCUACAGUUCCCCCACUUCCUUCACCUCCAUUUGUCACCUAUUCCUCUCCAGAAUCUUCAGUAAGGAGGUCAACAGAACCAUUUCCUAGCCAUCAUAAACUGUCUUCUAACCCUUGCAGUAUUGCUCCUCCUUCAGAGUCUGAAACAAUGUCAAGUGAUUCGUCUGCCAUGCCUCCACCAGCAUCAUCAGAAUCGCCCACAUCAGAAGUACCAAGUAUCCCUCCACCACCAAUGCCUUGCCUUACUUCUUCAGCAGCUUCUCCACUCGUGCUUCCUUUACCACAUUCACCCACACCUCAUGAAUCAAAGGCUUUACUAUCCACAUCUCCUACUCCAUUUGCUCCCUUACCCCCAAGAGCACCGUCUCCUAUUGUAAGUACAACAGCAGCUCCAAAGUCACCCUUGAUAACAACUACACCAUAUGGCAAAAUGGUCAUCAUUCGGUCAGAUUUGCCACUUCCAUCACCAGAAGAAGAAAUAAGAUCAACAUUUGCCAGUGUGAAGGACUGGGGGAUGCUGUAUGAGAAUGUUGAUACUCUUUCCAUCUACACUCAACUACGCCCAGUUAUUCAGCAAGGACCUCAAUGUGGCAUUGUAGCUCUAAGCAUGGCUUCACAAGUCUUUCCCGAAACGGUAGAUGUUGCAGACUUGCUCGAAGCUGCCAAGAAACAAAGCUGCUCUUGCCAUGGUGAGAUGUUCAGCUCUGAUGCAAUGUCUAAACUAGCUGAAAGUAUUAACGGUAUGGAGGCAACUGUGCGGAGAGACAUUUUAUGCAACCCCAGAAAUAUGCUGGAGGUUUUGAUGCAGGGAGACCUGAUUCUUGUGCCUUAUGAUGCCGAACGUAAUUAUAUGCCAGGACUCCGGGGUGGCCACAAGGCACACUGGGGUAUCAUUUGUGGUUGUCUAGUCCAGUGCCAGUCCCUCAAUAUACAUAUGGGUGGAGCAUCUAAGUUAGAUUCUCAUGUUGACCAUCUGUGGCAUCUCCGUCCAAGAAGCAAAGUGGGAGUUACAUAUUCGGCCAAGAACAGAGAUGGCAGUGUGACACCUAGCACACCAGUUGUACCUGGAUCUCCAAUUAUAAGACGUAGACCUUUAAGAACACCAGAACUACCAGCUGCUUCCCCAAUUAAUGAGGAUUUCAAAAUCUCGGAAACAUCACGUCGAGAAGGUUCUUUGAGCAGAGGUUCAGAAAUGGAUACUUGGAGUAUCAACAACAGUCGAGUAAAUACACCAAUGUUACCCGACUUUCUACAAGAUGAAAUUAAACUGGUAGCUUUAUGGAGGCAAGGUAAGAGUAGAAAAUUAGUUGCAGCUCCCUUGGAACAGUUAUGUGAAAGCAAUGACCAACUUUUAGAAUACCCACCAGCUUCCACACCAUCAGAACUGGAAUAUAUCAUUGGUUCUGUACAAGAUGGUCUUGCUGGUCAAGUUGUUGUGUUGCAUAAAACUAAAACAGCACUAUCAGACUUAGUAGGAAUACUUCAGGAGAAAAAAUCUUGUUAAUCUGGACUUAAGUUACCAUUUCAAGUUUAGUAAAUAAAAAGAAUAUCAAAAUUACAAGAUUAAAAUUAUCAGGACUUUUUCCAAUUAUUAAAAAUAAGUGAUUCAUAUUACAGUACUAAUUUAAAAAAUACUUGUACCAAGAAUUUGUCUGGGACUGUAAUUCUGUUCACAGAACAAAUUUAUUACUUUGAUCAGUGCCACUUAAAAGCUACUGUAUUAUGAGAUUGGCAUCCUAUCUAUAAUCAGUUAUUCUUGAGACCAUUGGAUUGAAAUAUAGGCAGUAGGGCAAUUUUUAUUAAAAAUGAAUCUUGUGGCAUUCAUGAAUACAGUACAGUAUAUAUAAUUUUUUUGUUUAGCUUCUGAGUAUGUAUUUAGUGCUAGCUGAAAUGUAAGAUUAUUUUAUUCUUCCAAGGAAUCCUAAGUGUUUGAUACUUAAAAUAUACUCAUAUUCACUCAUUUCAGUAAAUAUUACUGAAUAUUUAUAACUGUAAACCACUUGCUCUCUUAUGUACUGAAAAAGUUACAGUAUUCUCAAGAGUCAGUAACACAAAAUUGUAUGCAUCCAUGAAAUUAAAUAUCUAGCAAAA